CUCUCUCUCUCUCUGUCUCUCUCUCUCUCUCUCUCUCUCUCUCUGUCUGUCUCUCUCUCUGUCUCUCUCCUCCGUUGUCAGUUUUGGUAUCGACCUCCUUCACGCAGCAUCUCUGCUCUCCACCCUCCUCCUCCUCCUCCUCCGCUGCCGCCUCCCUCUCUCUCCCUCUCUCUCAGCCUCUCUCAGCCUCUCAGCGCCGCUCUUCCUCUGCAGGUGGAUGGAGGCUGGAAGCCCGGGAGACGCGAGCGAUGCCCGGGAACCGCUGCCGGUAGGAGUCGGUGCGGCUGCGGUUCUCUCAGCUUUAUCUUCAGACUGCUGAGCACCUCCCUUCGCGCCGGGGACCACAUCCUUAAAUGACCCGCGGCUGAGGAAGGGGGUGUCUCCGGAUCCAGCGCCCGGAUCAUGGCAUGCUGCCCACACCGGGCAUCCAGCACUGACCAUGGGGCUCCGGUCCAGGACCGUCGCUAGCGGCUCGGAGGAGCACAAGAAGACCUCCGGCGCUCCUCCUCCCGGGGACUUAUUGGACCAAGGCACCGGUGGAGCGGACAAGGAUGGCGCUCUGCUGCUGGUGUCUGCGGGCCGGGAUGACUACAAGCGGGGCUCUCAGGGCAUCGGCAUCGGGCUGCUGGCCAAGACCCCCCUGAACUACACCCGGCCGGCCAAGAGGAAUAACAUCCGCAAGAGGAGGAUCCAGAACCUGCUGUACGACGCGCUGGAGAGGCCGAGAGGAUGGGCGCUGCUCUACCACGCGUUCGUGUUUUUAAUCGUUCUGGGCUGUUUGAUUCUGGCCAUACUGACGACGUUCAGGGAGCACGAGAAGGUGUCGGCACACUGGCUGGUUAUAUUGGAAACCUUCGCCAUCUUCAUCUUCGGGGCCGAGUUCGCACUGAGGGUCUGGGCGGCCGGAUGCUGCUGUCGCUACAAAGGAUGGAGGGGGAGGCUGAAGUUUGCUCGCAAACCACUGUGUAUAUUAGACAUCUUCGUGCUGAUUGCCUCGGUGCCGGUGGUGGCGGUGAGGAACCAGGGUAACGUGUUGGCCACGUCCCUGCGCAGCCUGCGCUUCUUGCAGAUCCUACGGAUGCUGCGAAUGGACCGGAGGGGGGGAACCUGGAAACUGCUGGGGUCCGCCAUCUACGCACACAGUAAGGAGCUGAUCACAGCCUGGUACAUCGGCUUCCUGUCUCUCAUCCUGGCGUCCUUCCUGGUCUACCUGGUGGAGAAGGACGACGUCUCCAUGGACGUGUCCAACCAGGAAAACCCCACCGCUCAGCCCAAACCACAGGACUUCGACACCUACGCCGACGCACUGUGGUGGGGGCUGAUCACGCUGACCACCAUCGGUUAUGGGGACAAAACCCCAAAGACCUGGGCGGGAAGACUGUUAGCUGGCACUUUUGCUCUGAUUGGAGUGUCCUUCUUCGCUUUGCCUGCAGGGAUCCUGGGUUCAGGUUUGGCUCUGAAGGUCCAGGAGCAGCACAGACAGAAGCACUUUGAGAAGCGCAGACAUCCUGCCGCCGGGCUCAUCCAGUCUGCCUGGCGAUAUUAUUCCACCAAUCCAAUCAGGGAAGACCUUAUUGCCACGUGGAGAUUUUAUGAAACGAUCAUCUCUCUUCCCUGUUUCAGGAAGGAUCACUUGGAGGCCAUGGCGGGCCAAAAAAUGAGUUUACUGGAGCGCGUUCGCCUUCCCAAUGCACGGCCAUCGGUUGGGUCAGUCAAGAAGCUCACAGGUAAUGCCGACUCCAUAGAGGAAAGUCCCUCCAAGGAGCCCAAACCAGCCGGCUUCAGUAACCGGGAACGCUUCCGCACCGCCUUCCGCAUGAAGGCCUACACACUCCGCCAGAGCUCUGAAGAUGCCGGAGCCCUGGGAGACCCAGCCUUAGAGGAGCGGGGCUUCCCCCCAGACAUCCUCAUGGAGGAGAUGAUCCCCACGCUGAAACUCGUCAUCAGGGCAGUCAGGAUCAUGCAAUUCCUCUUGAACAAGAAGCGGUUUAAGGAAACUCUGAGGCCUUAUGAUGUCAAAGACGUGAUUGAGCAGUACUCUGCCGGACACCUGGACAUGCUCUGCAGAAUUAAAUACCUCCAGACAAGGAUCGACAUGAUUCUUGCCCCUGGACCCCCCCUCACCCCAAAACAAAAGAAAACUCAGAAAACGCCCUUUACCUACCCGCCCAAUCAGUCACCCAGGCAAGAGUCCUACCUAGCCAAAGCCACCUCCAUGCCAGAUGCCGAAGACCAAAGCAUGAUGGGUCGAUUUGUCAGGGUGGAGAGACAGGUGGAGGACAUGGAGAAAAAGUUAGACUUCCUGGUGGACAUGCACAUCCAGCACACUGAGCACCUACAGGUGGACUCUGCUGGCGCUGCCCACAUGACUCUGGAGGCCUGCGAUCCUACGGGGAACGGCGAGAUCCGUCGGGUCUUCUUCAACUACGCCGAGGCGUUCCCGCACAUGUCGUACCAGGUGCCUGUCAGCAAGGUGAAUCCGUACUACGGCAGAGGAAGAGGAGGUGGGGAGGCGACGGGGUCGGUUGGUGGAAGCCGUGCACCUUCAGCCCAUCAACCCGAAUCAUCACACCUCCACCCACGCCACCCUCCAGCUGCCAUCCCCACCUACACCGAACGUCCCACAGUGUUGCCCAUCAGCUCCCUGCAGGACUUGUCAGUGGGGCUGGGCAGGACCACAGGGGGACGGGGGGGCGACUCGCCGCUCUCCAUGCUAUCUGUGAACCACGAGGAGCUGGAGCGCUCGCCCAGCGGGUUCAGUAUCUCUGGGGAGCGGGAAGGGGAGGAAGGGGAGGACUUGUCGAUGGGGGCCGGGGUGGCGACCGGGGACGCCAGCUGGACGAGACCCAGACCGAGCUACCUGGCGGAGGGGGAGACAGACACAGACACGGACCCCUUUACACCCAGCGGGGGGCCCCUGCCACUCUCCUCAACGGGGGAGGGAUUCGGUGACGCUGUGUGGAACACACCGCCCUGAGAGGUGAAAGUGUGACCGCACAGAAAUCCACAACUCUGAGUUAAGACUUUAAAUCCAAACCCAUGCCUCUAAACCCAAAUCAGUUUGGGUCAAAAGCCUCCGGACCAAACCAUUUGGAGGAAAAGGUGGGUCUAAUAUCCGCCUUGAUGCUGCGAGGUCGUGAGCAAGGUCAUCGACCUUCAGAGGCCUCAUCAAAGCAACCAUCAUCCAGACAGAGAGAGCCAUGGCAUCGAGACUGCCCAGAAAAAAAAUAAAGGGAAACCAGACCGUUUGUAAAGUAAAACUCUGUACAGCGCACUCUUCGCAAAAAUUUAGCUAAAAUAAAAAAGAACAUUAAUAUACAUACUAUAUACACCCAAAAGCUUUAUCGCUGCAAAGCCAACCGCACUGCAUGUAACGCAUGCGAUUUUUAGUGUAGACACUGCAAAGUUCAGGAUAUCAGGAAACGGAAAAAGCGAUUGAAUGGAUACAUAUACUUGCUAUGCCAUUUUGUAACACUUAUUUUUUUAUAUGAAUACAUUUUCAUUGUUUUUUGCAUGGUUUGCAUGAUAAUGCACCAGUCUAGGGGUGAUGGUUGGAGGGCGAUACUGGAACCAAAAGUCUCCUGUCUCUUUGUUUUGUAUGUCGUUUGGUGAGUGUGUGAAUGAGAGCGAGAGAGGGGGAGGAUGUAACAAAACACUGGUUAGUUGCUGGCAGUCGUGUUUCACCAUUUUUGAGGAUCAGUUUUGUCCUGAAACUGGAAUUUCUGAUCUCGUCACUUUAAUUUUGUUUUGUUUUUUACACCACUGUGCUCUUGAGUUGUAUGUCACCACUUUAUGCAUACAAACUUUCCAGUUGAAAAAAAAGAAAAAUUCAACAGAAUUUGAAACACUAAAUCUCUGCUGCUUUGUUGGCACAUGAAUUCAGGGAUAUAAACCACCUGUACGUCUUUAAUUUACAAAAGUUGCAGAGCGUUUCAGUUUAUCACUGCUUAAAAAGGCCCUGACGAAUAAUUUAUAUCAUCAAAGCAAAACAGUUCCUAAAACUGAACUAGGAACCUAUAGAAAAGACUUACUUUCACACUAUUACAGUAUCCUAUGUGCCAAACUCCACCACCUGGCAUCUGAAGAUAAUUAUACAACCACAGAAAAUAUAUAGUUCAAGCCCAAAAUGACUGGAGGGAUAAACACUGUUACUGUGUCGAAGUCAUUGCAGGAUGAAUACAAAGAUCAGUCUCAUCAGAUUUAGUUGUGUUAAUGUUAAGAGGUUCUUAAUGCUCAGUACAAAUAACGAAAGAAAUUAACUUUUUAGUGAUUUUCUACCGCAAAGAUUAAAUAAAUUCAGUAUAUGACAUAAAAAAGUAAAUCUGUAAACAUUCUGCAGCUCAAAGUCUUCUAGUUUUUCACAGAUCUGAUGUUUUAUAAUAAGAAAUCUGCACUGAGCUGCUUUUUCCUUCUUCAAUCUUCACCACAUGAAUAUAUGUCAUAUGGUGAUGGUGUGUUCACACUAAAUGCAAAGCAAAUUUUCCAUUUAAAAAGAGUUCCCGGUUGGAAAUUUCAACUGGAAUGUCCCCCGAAGUCGGAUUUCCGAACUAGAAAAGUCGCCAUAAGACCGCCUCAUGACCUCUUACUGAACACUGAAAUUUGCAGUUUUAAAGCCCUUUUUCGCACUGAAUGAUUACUACCUGAGUUUUAUUUAUCCCCAUUGCUGUAUUUAUUAUUAUGUAAUUAUGACCCAUAUUCUCACCAAAAAACUUUUAUUUACUAUGAUUUCUGACAACUGCAAUGAAAAUUACGUUGAGAAUUCAGGAGGCUUGUCGAGCAGUAUCCUCACCUGCAGAAUAAAAUCCUCUUCAUCCUCUUGAUGAAGAGGAUUAUACAGUAAUUAUAAGAACAUUUACCCACACUGCCACUAAAGAGCCAUCCAAACAUCAGAAAAGCCUGCAUACAAAUUAAUUUACUGUCCAGGAGAACACCUUUAUAGUAAAGGUGGAACUUCAUAAUGUGCUUUUUCAUCUAAAUUUCUUCUCACAAAUUACUGUAUAGUUCACUGCUGCACUGCGAAUGUCCAGUUACGAACACAAACACACACUGUAAGCAGCAACAUCACCGUAUACUGGACAGACCGGAGGAGGGGACGGGUAGAAAUACUAGUUUGUGAUUGGCUGCCUACGCUGAGGACCGAGACCGAGCACCACCUACUGCAACAAGAAGAGCUUUACGGGAGAUCACAUAACGGCCUAAACAGCAUUUACUACUUUAGAUUUAGGACGACACAGAUACUGAAUGUAAUAUCUGACAACCAACUAUAUCUACACACGUGGAUUAUUACACAGUUAUAGCAUGUUAAAGCACCUUCAGAGUCAGGGUGAGUUUUAUAGACGGGCUUCCACACCGGGCUUCAACAGGAGGUGCUUCUGUUGUUUACCUGCUUAGAGUUUGAUUUGUUUCAAGUCAACUUUAACCAGUAAACAGUUCAAACAAAUAAUAUAUUUUGCUAAAAUUAACUAACUUACGACUAUAUGUGUUUGUAGCUUUUAUCUUUUAACCAUCUUCAGAAUUUGGUUGUCUUUUCGACGUAGACGAGAUUUUGCCUCAGAGCAGACAGCAAGGUAUUGAUUACCUCUGAGCCAUUAUUUGGUCACUGUUACUUUAUCACCUCGCUCUAGAUAAAAAGGACCCAGUGUGUAUAUCCAGAUUAUAUUAUAUACAAAUAAAACCAGUCUACAGACAGUAUAUAUAUCUGUAGAUAGAUAUUACUGUACUUUUGUGCUUUUAUUCCAGUGUCGAGGCUCUGCAUGAGCUCGGUUUUUAUAUAAUAAAACAUCUCAACUGAAUAAGUUACCUGACUUUACGUCUCCACCCACCUGGUGCUCCCAGCAGGUUGAAACAAGCGCUCCGGCUCAGAUACUGAAGCCCGGUGUUGGAAGCAGCAUCGUCAAAGUCUGUGAAAAUGAAGGUGAACCAAACACUUAUUAUCUAUUAAUCUUAUUGUAUUACAGUUACUAUUCCUUCUGCUACUGAAACCCAUUCACUUAUAUAUUCUACAAAUAAAUGACGUUGCAACGCAGACGCACACAAUCACCUACAUAUAGAUAUAAAGAUGAUAUAUCCCUGUAGACGUUCAUUCAUUGUGCCUCUGAAGCAGAAUGACCGGUCAUUCUAUAUUUAGUGUUUCAGUGCCACUUCACCAUCUCACCGAACACACCGAACACACCACAGGAUUUAUGAAUGUGAACUGUUUCCUUCUUUUAUUUUUAAGCUGAAGUCUUGCUUUUGUAAAAAAAAAAAAAAAAAAAAAGAAAUGCUGUUUUGUAGCUUUGUGAUGCUUUUAUUUGUUUAUUUUUUGGGCUCAUUCACUGAAUUCAGCUGCACAGAAAUGUAAAGGUUGUAAUGUUUCACUUCUCUUUUAAUGACGAGUUUAAACUGUUCACAGUUCGGUUUGUGUCUGUUGAAGUUAAUCGAACACCAGUGUUUUUGUUUCUUUGCACAUUGAGUUACAUUUACAGAAGAAAUGUUGCUUCCAGUCGAAAUCUGAACUGUAUUGCUUCCUUUCUAAAUUUAAGUUCAAGAAUAUCACCAGAAUUAACAAACAGCAUUUGGUGGAUUUGUAUUUACACGGCGAAUUACUGUUAAAAAGAACAUUUUAUAAGUUGUUAAAACAGAAUAAAUUGUCUUCCAGGACACUGAGAUACACUGAGGGAAAAGCAAUGCUAGCACAAAGUCAGGAAAGGUGAAAGAGUUAAAGUUAAGUUAAAGAGGAAACGCACAAUAAGUAUAUUUAUACUGUCAUUUUGUCAUAAGAGACCAAAUUGAAUUUACUUUAUUAAAAUAAAUAAAACAAUCUGUCAGCUAUGUGAGAUUAUUUCACCGGUUUCCAAUUCAAAUCAACAUUUAAUCAAUAUAACUGCAGUAAUCUGCCUCUUUAUUUCACUGCUAAUUGAUGCUAAUGUAACCCCAAAACAAGGGAAUUUACAAAGGAUUUAAUCACCUCGUUGAUACUGAUUGAAUGAUUGAUUGAUUGAUUGAAAACUGAACGAGACUCACUGACUCAUUAAGAGUGCUAGCAUUACUUUUCACAGUGUAAUACUGAUUUAAUUUCCUGUCCACAUGAGUUUGUGAAUUAAUAAUGAUAUAUAUAUAUAUUCAUACAUAUACAUAUAUCUGUAUAUAUAUGUAUGUAUAUAAUAUAAUAUAAUACUGUUUAAUCUCUCUGUGAAGCCUUUGUGGCCAUGUUAAUCCAAACUGUAUUUUACAAACUUCCUUCAGUGACGUCUUUAUAUGAAACUUCUCCAACACAAACACUUUAUUCUGACUGUGUUCAGGUGACGUAGCGUAAAUAGAGCAGAAUUAUGAACAUGCUGCUAAAAACAAAGUAAUAUGAUUAUAAAUAAGUUUCCUCUACGAUUACAAACAUUAAUCAUAGUAAUUAAUUAAUAAUUAAUAAAAUCAUUAAUCGUGAUUUUUGGAUUUCAGAUCAGUAACUAACUGCAGGAUUAUUAAAAUUAACUGUAAUAUUAUCACUAAUAAUUUACUGCCCAGCACUGAUUUAAAGGUACGUUAAAGUAUUUCAGGGUCUCAACAGGUUCAAUUUAAGACCACUAAGAAUUUAGAUUAAAACCUAUUUUACAUCCAAACUGGUUAAAACAUACAAAGGAUACAAAGAAAAACCUAUACAAAUGUUCCCCAAAACCCGAAAUUAAAAUGUAAAAAAUUAAUCCAAUCAAUUUAAAGACAUUUAAAGGCCUAAAAUUCAGAUUAUAUAUAAAUAUUUUAACUUGUGUAACAUGUUUCCUGAACCACAACGUUAACGUGUUAAAAGACGUCUCACGCAGACGUUAAAAGAAAGUUUUUAUUCUCCGAACUGUUUCCGAGGUUUCAGUCAGCUGACGUCACUGGAGGAACAUUUCCCAUCAUGCACCUGUAACUACUGUUCUGGUAGCUUUAUUUUAUUAUGUUUAUGAAUCUGUUGUGUUUGAUAGACUGAUGGUGGCGGGACGAAGAGUUAACGUCUGCAACCGGGUCCAUGUGAUACGUUCAAUGAAACCCAUCCAUUAACAGCCGAUCAAUAAUCAAUAAUCAGAAACCAGAUAACACUGAAUACAGAACGAAGCCUUUAACUGUUAAUUUGACAAUCAGCAUUUUGUGGUUGUUACGUUUUUGAAUCGUUUGCUUGAAAUUUUGAAUAUUUCCCAAAACUCAGAAUCUCCUCUAACGGUUGAAUUUAAGAAUUUCUCAUUUUAGCUUUUUAAUGUUAUUUAGUUUUACGAGGUGCUACUUGUCCUCUCAUGGUCUUAAACCUUUCCUUUAAUACUUAUUGAUUACUGUUUACUGUACACUCUCUGAUUUCACUGUAGAGUUUUAAUAAGUUUGGUGCUGUAGCACGUUGUUCGGACCCUUCAGUACAAUCAGGGAGUGUAACUUUAACUUCUGGUACAAGUUAAAUACAACAAAAUGACCAAUAUUAAGUUAAUUUCCCUCCCAGCAGAGGUUGUUCUCGCAGUGGAUGAACACUGGAUGAAAGUUGUAGCAGCCGUUCACACGUUUUAUCUUCUGAAUGUAGAAAACAACACUGGAAAAGGCAAAAUGAGAUUUAUUCCGAUUUAUUUUAACUGCUUAAUUCAAGAAUCUUUGUCUUUAAAAGCCAUAAUCGGGUCAUUAUAAUGAAUAUGUACUUAACACAAGUGUUUUUGACACCUUUCUGCCCUCUGUUCGUACACUUUACGUGUGGUUUGUUUCCUGUGCGUGAACUCGUCUGUAUGUGCGAUCGAUUCUGAAUGAAAAGGAGCACUUUAUGGCAUCCGUGUAAUCGAGAGGGCAAUACUGCUUGCUGUGAUUAUUCUGUUGAGUGUGGUUGUACUCACUGUAACUGCAUACCAAGCAAUGCACUGAUCCACACAUCCUGCAUAACCUGUAAUUUUAUGGACGUUUUAAUUGCUACGAAUUAUUUGUGCCUUGGCCUUUUACAGUACGGUUCUUUUCAAUGUAAUUUUAUUUAUUUAUUUGUUUUGGUCAUGCUUUUCUCGCUACGGCAGCAUAAAGCUGUUGGUAAUGUCGAAGUUGGAAGGCUGCGUUUACACCGACAGAUCGGAUCAGAAAAUGUUUACAUUUUAUCACGAGACAGAAACACAUUUUAAAAAGGCUUCAUAGCUAAUUGUUGCUACGGUAUAUUUUCACUGUAUUACACCAUUAAUAUUAUCAUUAGUUAGACUUAAAGGAAUAGAAACAGGAAGCUUUAUUAUAAUUUUAUAAAAUAUUAUGUCCCAGCUGACAGGAAACUUGAUAUAUUAUAUGUAUUUUCUUUAUUUUGUGCCGUCUGCACCAAGAAACUAUAAAUAUAUCUUAAAAAACGACAACGAUGUAGCUAACAAUAUCGUUGGGAUCAGUUUCAGAUCGAUUUGAAUAUUUUUGUGGUAUAAAAAUUCUUAUCGUUCAUCAGUGUGAACGCUUAAGUUAAACAACAUAAAAUAAACAUUAUUCUUGCAAAAAAAACUACAGUGGAUGAAAUCAAAUUAAAUUAAUACGAUCAAGGUGUUUACUGGCACAAAAUUGUUCUUAUUGCUCUUUAAUUAACAUGGUUUAGGUUAUUGUCGACUGUUGGGCGUAAAAACACAAACAGUAACGAAAUGCUACAAAUUAUAAUUAGACUACAAAGUAACUUUAUACCGUAGAAAGCUACUUAAAAAAUGUGCCAAAAAACUGUAAACUGAAAACAGCAAAUAAACUUAACUGUCCAGAUACGAUAGCAUCAAACAUCCUGCACAACAUUUUAAAAUAGCACAAAAAAGUCUGUUUGCAGUCGGGGCCGAGGACCUCGUAUACGACCUCCGAAUGGACCCGAUUGUUUCACAGCAAGAGAUACUGAGAUCUUGUGUAAAUGCAGCUUUAAGAAACGUGUCUUUAUAAACGUACAGAUCGGAUAUUACCGACAGCUUUGUGUGAGUUAACUGACGUGUUUUUAAUUUUUGGGUCAGAAACGAUUUCGAUGUUCUUCGGGUUCAUUUAAGGGAAGUUUGGACAACUUUACACUAGUGGCCUUCAGAGCUGUGCAUCAUUUUUCUCAUUCCAGUUUGAAAAAAUAAAAAUAAAACUUGCCAUUUCUAUUCUGUAUUAGAUCACUUUGAAUAUUUUGUUUUGAUGAUAUAAUAUGCAAAUGUAUUCUUACUUGAUUUUUUUAUUUUUUGUCUUUUCAAUUGCACCAGUUAUUAAUAAAGUAUUGAAUUGAA